AAUAACCGCUUCAGUAUCAGGUACAUUUAUUAGUGUGGAGAUACUAUAUACAGGAAUGUGUAUGAAGCAUUUAAUGCCUAGUUAGUCAGGCUCUGCUUCUGGUUAAAAUGCAAAGCACUGUAUUACAGGGAGGUCCAAAAUAUUUUGUUGUAGUGGGCCAAAAUAUUUCUGAUGGCAGCCAUGUUGCUUCACAGUUACGGCUGCAACCUGUACUGUAUUGCACUGGCCUGACUGCUAAAAAUAACACUUGGUGUCAAUGUUAUCUAUUGGCCAGAAAAAUAAGAGAAAAUUAGGUUGGUAUUUUUUUUCCACCAAAAAAAACUUCAGCCCUACUUGCAUCAUUCGUAUUAGGUAUGGUGUUGUCUGGUAUGCCUUACAUGUGCAUUGGGCCUAUAUGGUUUAAUCUUACAACAUGGGCACUGGGACUUGUGUGGCAAUGUUUAUGGUUUUACUGCUAUCGUGGAUUACACAUGUUAUAUUCCAUAGCACUAUAUUUCUUCAUAAUGUGAGAUGCUAAGGCUUAAAUGAUAUUUUCUCACAUCACUUGUGGGGGCUGUGGUGGCUGUAUUCCACUGCAUUGCCAGUUGGUUUUUAUAUUGUGACCCACACAACAUGGACACCAUGAAAACAAGGGCUUUUAUGGACAGUAGGUCUUGCUUAAAAGAAUGGGAAAUGCUAUGAUGUUAGCUGACAGGUGAAGCUGUGGCCUAGUAAUGAUAUACCUCUCCAGCCAUUACAGCUACAGCUUGCUGCAUCCUUUCUCCAUUUGUAUGCUUUUAUUUUAGUACUGCAAAAUUAUUUUCUUAUAUUCACAUAACAUACCAAAGUACAAAGGGCUCAUACCCGUCAUCUGCUAAAAUGUCAUAAGGUGGACAAUGUAUAAAAAUUAAACUUCCCAUGUGAGGUAGAGCCACAGUUUCCAUGACAGUAAAACCAAACAAGAACACACAAAUCCCAACACCAAUGUUGUCAGCAGGGCUGACACUUUUCAGUGCAGUAGGCCCUUUUCUUGGGUCCAGGGCCUGCCACUUACAUGGCCCCUACAGAAGUUCCAUAUUUUCUUUUUGGUGAAAUUCCUGUGCACUAAGAAAGAGGUGUCCUGAUUGUCAUUUGUUUAGUAAGAAUUAAAAGCCUCUAUGCCCACAUGUUGAUGUAAAACCAAUAUCCAUGUUAUAUCCAUGUAUAACAUCCAUAUCCAUGUUGUGGAAACCAGCCAUAUAAACCAGGGAAGAAAGAGCCACCCAAACUGAAACUGUUCUUAGUGUUCCUGUAAAUUCAUGGUUAUCAGUUUGUCACAGGCGUUACUAACCUGGGCUAAGCCAUUGCCAGAGGUAUAAUAUGCCAUACUUCCCACAGCUGUGGUGGCCUUGAUGCUGCAGCAGGAUGGAUGAGUCUUUUUAGAAUCCAACUACUGGAUAACUGAUAAACACUUAAUGCAUAAAUAUACUUCAUGUCUGGAUCAGUUAUGCUGGAUGGAGUUUUAUUAGUUAUAUUCAUUUAUUUUUUCCUUAUAUAUGCAAACAGUAAUUUUCCAUUAAUUCCUUACAAGGUAGAGGUUGUGGAGGAAAUGAAAAUUACAUUAGAGUGUAUUUUGGGAUGUGGAUUGCAUGCACUUUGUUUUGUGUACACAAAUACACAAAACAAGCUGUUAAACAAUAGUGCGCCUAUAGGGCGUAUUGGAGGGGAUUAAACAGGUUAAUUGGAAAUAGACUAUGAGCACAGUGGAUUUUAUAUGAUGUUCUAAUUUUGCAGGGAUAGAGAAGGUUGAUUAAAAAAAAGUGUCCCAUUUUCAGACAAACAUUGCUACUGCCAGCUGAUGUUAUUGAUAUAAAUAUUGCUCAGUGGAUGUUACGUAUUAAUGCCAAAAUGGGUUCUAGCAUUUUAUAAAGGACUUAUUCUUAUUUUUAUCCACAACUGCUGUUUCACCAGAUCUGAACACGAUUUUGCUGCAUCGUUUUCCGGCUUUUGUUUUGGAAACUGAUUAACAGCUGAACUUACUGCGUUCUGAACAAAGGCAAGGUAGUGAGGGACGGUUUCUGGAGACCGCGCAACACCUGGACUCAGGGGAUGCAACAUGACCUCUGCUGCUGUGGAUGGCGGUGGAUCGGUGGGAGACAUUGUCAGCAAUGGAGUGGAGAAUUUGGAACAGGAAGAAGUUCAAGUAACUGAAUACCCUGCUGUGAUAGUAGAGCCAGUUCCUAGUGCCCGGCUGGAACAGGGUUAUGCAGCCCAGGUUCUGGUAUAUGAUGAUGAGACCUUCAUGAUGCAGGAUUUUGCAGAGGAGCAUGAGGUGGAGACAGAAUGCGUGGAAAUAGUGGAAGCAUCGGUUCAUGGCAGCAAUGUUCACUGCACGGAUAAGACUAUUGAGGCUGCGGAAGCACUGCUUCACAUGGAGUCGCCUACUAUCUUGCGAGAUACCAGGAGCCCCGUGGAAGUCUAUGUUCCCCCAUGUGUCUCCACUCCUGAAUUCAUUCAUGCGGCUAUGAGGCCAGAUGUAAUUACAGAAACAGUUGUGGAAGUUUCCACUGAAGAUUCUGAACCAAUGGACUCAACGUCCAUCCCAAUAUCUAUUGAACUUGGAGAACCGAUGAAGAAGAAAAAAGCUGGACGCAAACCAAAGAUGCAACAACCUGCAUUUCCCAAUGGAUCCCCAGAACUGGGAAUCAAGAAGAAGCAAAGGGAAGGCAAAGGCAAUACCACUUACCUGUGGGAGUUUUUGUUGGACCUGCUGCAGGAUAAGAACACCUGUCCACGUUACAUUAAGUGGACUCAGAGAGAAAAGGGAAUCUUCAAGCUGGUGGAUUCAAAGGCCGUCUCCAGACUAUGGGGGAAGCAUAAGAACAAGCCAGAUAUGAACUAUGAAACUAUGGGUCGAGCUUUAAGGUACUACUACCAGAGAGGGAUCCUUGCAAAAGUUGAGGGUCAGAGGUUGGUCUACCAAUUCAAAGAGAUGCCCAAGAACAUUGUGGUUAUAGAAGAUGACAAAGCAGAGCCCUGUAGUGAAGAGAUGGUGUCUCCCAUAGAUGACAAAUCAUUGGAGAGAGUCUCCAUCCCCACCGAAGGAAUCAUGAAAAUGGCAAUGCCGGCUAGGCUAGAGAAGAGCCCAACCCAGCAGAGUUCUAAUAGGAAGCCAAGACUGGUUAGCUUGUCCUCUCCUGUCAGUGAGGUAUCACCUCACUCACCCACCAGCACCACGCCAACAGCACCACAGAGAACUGUCCGGGUGGCCAUGCAAGUGCCUGUAGUAAUGACAUCUUUGGGGCAGAAGAUUUCUACUUUGGCUGUUCAGUCGGUGAAUCCAGGUUCUCCUCUGAUUGCAAACAGCAGCCCAACAACAGCAUCAGCUCCAAAGGUUGUCAUCCAGACAAUCCCUACAAUGUUACCAGCAUCGUCUGAAAGUGGAGACAAAUUCACUGUGCAACCUGCCAAAAUAAUCACUAUUCCAACUUCCCAACUCACCCAGUGUCAGUUGCAGACAAAGCCUGGAUUAAGUGGGUCAGGGAGUUUAAAUCUUGUGGGAACACCACUGACUGUGAGAGCACUUACCCCUGUUUCAAUAGCUCAUGGAACUCCAGUUAUGAGACUGGCAAUGCCAGCACAGCAAGCCAGAUGUCAGACUCCCCCUAGGGUCAUUAGCACCCUUAUCAAAGGACCUGAAAUUAAAUCAGACAUGGUAGUGAGCAGACAGGAGGGAGAGAUAAAAACAUUUCAGUUAAUUAAAGACGAUAAACCUGCAGAUGGGGGCAAAACAGUUACCCAUGUGGUUGUUGUCAGCACCCCUUCCGCAAUCAACCUCCCCAUUACUGUCAAACAAGAGACAAGUGUGGUGUGUGAAAAGUGACAAAGCCUGCCUGCGUCUCUAGAAUUUUGUGUUAAACUGACAUUUAAGAAUCAAACGCUGAUUAAACGAAACUUCUGGACAGAAAGAAGUGAGGAAGUCUGCGGAGACUUUAAACAAAGACAAUAUAAAUAUACGCAAAUUACAAAAGAAAAACUUGACUGGAAAUGAAUUCUGUUCCCAUGUUUUCAGUGGGAUCUGUUCAUGUUAUGAAAUGUUCCUAAGGCAUCGGAAGAAAAAGCAAACUGAAAGGGACCAAAGUGAUUGUUCAGAUCUAUUGUUUUCGUUUUUCAGGUUUUUUUUGUUACACUAAAAAUAAAGAGGAACACUAAAUGACAUCGCAGGAGGUUGUUAUCCCAGAACCACAGUAAAUGUAAAUGGUAAAGAAAUGUGUACUGCUGUGUGUGCAGACAGCUCUCACUUCAUCGGUGCUAUGCGGGAGAAACUGCUCAAUAAGUAUUGUAGGCUAAAUAAACUGUACCAACGCGCACGCAGGGAAAUAACGCCCACUGAGUUCCGCAAGGGGAUGACAGAUGCAGAUUUCAUAUUAAAGCCUUAGACUCGUUUUUAGUUUUAUUUUCUGUAAAAUAAGCUAACAGCUUGUUUAUGUAAAGCAAUUUUUAUACAUAUUAAAAAAAAAUGUAAAAAGAGAAAAAAAAAACCCAUUGUACCUAGCACAGUAUUGGUAUAGAAUUACACGUAACCUAUUUUAUACAGUAGUUAAAAGUAUGAUUUUUUUUUUUGUUCAUUUUUGUUAUAUCUCUGAGUGUUUUGGGAAGGCCUGAAGCAUCUCGAGCAGAAAGCUUUUCACGGGAGGGUACAAACUGUCUCAUGGCGGAGACGGCAGGUCAGAGGAGCCUUUAAAUGUAACAUGCUUUUUUUGUUGUUGUUUUUUUUGCCAGAAUCCCUUGCAAACAUUUCAGUUUUUAUGCUAUCCAUUUGAAAGGUCACCAUGAAGCAUGUGUCCAUUUUUGGGUUAUAGAGUUUGAAGCCUGCUAUUUUUUUAGUUGAAGUUAUGAAGGUGGGUUGCUUAGGGGAGGGCAUGGGGGGUAAAUACCAGUGUUCAGAAUGAACUAAAAUAGUUUGUAUAUUCAACAUUUGAAGUAUAUUCUAUUUUGUUGUACUCUUGUUUCAAAGUGUAUUCGAGUAGAUUUUACUGCAAUAUAGAAAAUUAAUUUGAUUGUCCGUGUCCUGUCUUUAUUUUUUACAUUUUUGUGUUUUAAAUGGACUCUCUUGUGGAAUAUUCGUAUCCCUCAGAAUGCCUUACAAAUGUCAAACUAUUGUAUUUUACAUUCUGUUAUCUGGGUCAGUUCCUCCAAACUGCUGCCAAUAUGUUGGACCCUUCGUGCUAUACAGUCAGCAGGAUCUAUUGGUCAGUGGUAGUGUGGAUUUACAGGGAAUUAAAAGGGAAAGUACAGAGCUUUAGUCAAUAUCCACACUAUGAUAUGAGAGAAAGGAUGAAGAACAGCAUGGCAGCUACAGGCAAGUGGCUACAUGGAGGCUGCUCUCGGCCUGGCUGCAUCUGCACUCACAGGCACGGUCAUUCUUUCAUCACCAUUUCUUUUUUAGAUCGCUGCAGCCACAGAUACAUGCAGAUGUGCCGCUGCGGAUACCAUGCCCCACUCCAAACAAUCUUAAUAAAUGUCACUGUUCCAUUUACGCUGCCCCUAUGUCCUUUUUCCAAGGAAAAUAAAGCUUUGGACAA